AGUGUGAAACCGCGUGAGAAAGUUGCCAUUGGGGUAAAGCGAGGCUUGACGCUACAUUGUUGAGUUGAUAGUGGGAGUUAUUAUCAAAACUAACAACAUUUUCCCCGUACGAAACCUUUCUUUAGACUGRAGUAUUUUCCAAUCUUACGUUUCAUCGAGUACAGGCUAUUAUUCGGAUAACGAAUAGUAAUUUAUGUUGAGCAUUCACCACAAGCGACCACGGCAAGUCAAGUGGGAACUCUUCAUUACAAUUAACUUAUGUGGAUUUGUUCUAGUAACCUACGCUUUUUUCCCUGAGCGCGUUGUGGUCUUGGCUCUGUUGACUACAACUGGAGUUUCGGCUAUUCGGAUAUUUCUGCGUGGACAGGAUCACACAGCCUACAACAGAGGAAGACCGCUCUUGUUUUUCUCCUCUGGAUGACCGUAUCCCUUGUUUUUACGUUUGAUACAUGGUCGUAUGCUGGAGUAAAGAAAGAGUAUUCUUCCGCGCAUCAGUCGCCGGAGCACCGCUGUUGAGGAGUUGACUGGAGAUCUAGGAGGACAAACGGUCGGACGUUUUGUGUCAAUUUACGGCCAGUCUCGGAAGGACCUAGGAUGCAUUUAUCGUAAGGUGGAGCAUCCCCACAACGGUCCCUAUUUUGAUACCAGACUGUUUUUUAGGAAGAGGACGUCUGCGGAGGUAGAACGAUGUUCCCCCAGGGUCGACACCCGACGCCCCACCAGGCCCCGGGCCAACCUUUCAAAUUCACCAUUCCAGAGUCACUGGACCGCAUCAAAGAGGAGUUCCAGUUCCUCCAAGCCCAGUACCACAGUUUGAAACUGGAGUGUGAGAAGCUGGCCAGUGAGAAGACAGAGAUGCAGAGGCACUAUGUUAUGUACUAUGAAAUGUCUUAUGGGCUGAACAUUGAAAUGCAUAAACAGACAGAGAUUGCCAAAAGGCUCAACACCAUCUGUGCACAAGUCAUCCCCUUCCUCUCACAGGAGCACCAGCAGCAGGUGGUCCAAGCGGUAGAGAGAGCCAAGCAGGUCACCAUGGCUGAACUCAACGCCAUCAUUGGGGUACGGGGACUUCCCGGCCUACCAUCCACUCAGCAGCACCUGUCCCACGCGCACAGCUCCCAUGUCCCGCUCACCCCCCACCCCGCGGGGCUCCACCCGGCCCAUUUGGGGGGAGGGGCCAGUCUGCUCGCCCUGUCCAGUGCCCUGGGGGUGCCGCCACCCCACCUGGCCAGCAAAGAGGACAGGAAACACCCAGUGGAGGCCGAGCACCUGAGAGAGAGAGAGCCAAGCACAAGUAAUACCCUGCUGGUUGCUGACAGUUUGCGUAACUCAGACAAGCGGCGCAACGGACCAGAAUUUGCCAACGACACCAAGAAGAGAAAAGUGGAGGACAAGGACUCCAGUCAUUAUGAUAGUGAUGGGGAGAAGAGUGAUGACAACCUGGUGGUGGAUGUCUCCAAUGAGGACCCUGCCUCCCCACAUGGUACGCGCCUGCCAUCCCCCAGGGAGAACGGGCUGGACAAGACACGUCUCCUGAAGAAGGACCCCUCCUGUAGCCCUGCCUCCACAGCCUCAUCUGCAAGCUCCUCCUCCCUCAAGUCCAAAGAGAUGGGAAUGCGUGAUAAGCCGGGUACGCCUGGGCUGAAGUCGAGCACACCUACUCCCAGAGGAGACUCCACCCCCGGACCCAGCGCCACUCCCAGUCUCCGGCCAAGCCUAGUCAAGCCCCCCUCCAUGGAGCUACCUCACCCACCUACUCUUGUGUACCCCUCAGCUGCUGGUCUGCGGACCCCGCUGGCGGUGCCUGGGUCGUACCCUGGGCCUUUCGGAAUGCUGCCCCACGCCACCAUGAACGGGGAGCUGGCGGGCGCAGCCUACGCCGGCCUCCACAACAUGUCCCCUCAGAUGAGUGCUGCGGCUGCUGCCGCCGUGGCCGCAUACGGACGCUCCCCUAUGGUGGGCUUUGACCCUCAUCCUCACAUGAGAGUGCCUGGAAUGCCCCCCAGCUUAUCAGGCAUCCCUGGAGGCAAACCGGCCUACUCUUUCCACGUUAGCGCCGAUGGACAGAUGCAGCCGGUGCCCUUCCCUCCGGAUGCCCUAGUGGGCCCGGGCAUCCCACGCCAUGCUCGCCAGAUCAACACUCUGAGCCACGGCGAGGUGGUGUGUGCCGUCACCAUCAGUAAUCCCACGCGCCACGUCUACACGGGCGGCAAGGGCUGCGUCAAGGUCUGGGACAUCAGUCACCCUGGCAACAAGAGUCCCGUGUCCCAACUGGACUGCCUGAACCGAGACAACUACAUCCGCUCGUGCCGGCUGCUUCCCGACGGCCGGACGCUCAUCGUGGGGGGCGAGGCCAGCACGCUGUCAAUCUGGGACCUGGCCACGCCCACCCCGCGCAUCAAGGCGGAGCUGACCUCCUCUGCCCCCGCCUGCUACGCCCUGGCCAUCUCCCCCGACUCCAAGGUUUGCUUUUCCUGCUGCAGCGACGGGAACAUCGCCGUCUGGGACCUGCACAACCAGACCCUGGUUAGGCAGUUCCAGGGCCACACAGACGGAGCCAGCUGUAUUGACAUCUCCAAUGAUGGGACCAAGCUGUGGACAGGGGGGCUGGACAACACAGUCCGAUCCUGGGACCUAAGGGAGGGACGCCAGCUGCAGCAGCACGACUUCACCUCACAGAUCUUCUCUCUGGGCUACUGUCCGACGGGAGAGUGGCUGGCGGUGGGGAUGGAGAGCAGUAAUGUAGAGGUGCUCCAUGUCACCAAGCCAGACAAGUACCAGCUGCACCUUCACGAGAGCUGUGUGCUCUCCCUCCAGUUUGCCUCAUGUGGUAAAUGGUUUGUGAGCACAGGAAGGAUAACCUGCUGAACGCGUGGAGGACACCGUACGGAGCCAGUAUAUUCCAGUCGAAGGAGUCUCUCGGUG